AUGGUAGAUAAUAAUAAACGAGCUUUUUGGCAUUUUACAUUUAAAGACAUAUUAUCUAUUCUAUGUUCAGCUGCUAUACCCAUAGCUCUUGCUAUUUAUACUGCAAUUGGAUCUCAACAACAAAAACAACAAGAUGAGAAAAAACAAAAUUUUGAUUUGGAACAAUCAAAAGAAUUAAGACAACAAACACUUUAUGAUGAAUUUAUAAAUAAUAUUUAUAGACUGGAGAAAGAUGGUUAUCUUAAAGAGAGAAAAAAUCCAUGGGCAUUUGCAAACGCAUAUUAUCGUGCUGCUCAUCUUCAAUGGGAUACAACACGUAAAGCAUAUGUUUUGCAAUUUCUCAAAGAGAAACAAUUAAUUGGUAGAAAUAAUUGUACUAAUGGAUGUCGGACAACAAAUCUAGAUGAUAUAAUCCGUUUGAAUAAGUUAAAUUUUGAUAAUGCACACCUAGUAAGUCAAACUGGUGUAUUAAAUCAAUUGGAUUUAGAAUGUGUUUCUUUUGAUCAAGUCUCAAUGUCAAAUGCAAUAUUUUCAUUCGUUAGUUUAAAUGGUGUAUCAUCUGAUGGAGGGCGAUUAGACAAGGUGAAAUUUGAUGGUUCGUCUUUACUUUGUGCUAGGUUUAAUAAUGUAAACCUGUCUGGUGCAGAUUUUGGGAACUCUGAUCUGACAGGUGCGCAGUUUUUAAACAGUGAUUUGUCGAACGCCAUAUUAACGGAAGAUCAAAUAAAACAGGCAUAUUUUUAUAAUGUAACUAUGCCAAACGGAGAGAAGAGUGAAACUAUAACUUCAACGACGACAAAAAAACCUAUAAUAAAAGCAACAACACCAACAACAAUGAUAAAAACAAAAAUGUCGACAACCACAUCAUUAUCAACAACAUCACCGAUAGUAACGCCAUUAUCAUUAACAACAACAACAUCAUCAUCAUCAUCAAAAUCAUCAACAUCCACUACAUCCUCGACAAUAACACUAUCAUCCUCAUUAUCAUUUUUAUCAACAUCAACAUUUACUACAUCAUCGACAACAACACCAUCAUCAUCAUCAUCAACAACAACGCCAUCAUCAUCAUCAUCAACAACAACAACGCUAUCAUCAUCAUCAACACCAGCAACAACAACAUCAUCAACACAAGAAAUAUCAUCAACAACAAUAACAACAUUAUCAACAACAUCCUCAUCAACAGAAGCAACAUCAUUAACAGCAGCAGCAGUAUCAUUAUCAACAGAAGGGAUAUUAUCAACAGCAGCAACAUCAUUUUUGUCUGCAGAAGCAACAUUAUCAUCAACAGAAGCAACAUUACCAUUAACAGAAGAAACAUCAUGGACAGCAACAUCAAUCGGUCAGUAA